GUUAUUGGUGUGGUAUGUUGUGUUUUUCGUACGGUCUAGCAAGGACUGAUUUUCUGUCCUUUUACCAAUUUCGUUAGCGGUUUGUUCAUACCUCUGUGUGAGAGUUUUCCUCGCGGAUUGUGGUCGUCGCGUUCGAAAUCGUGGGUGAUUCAUUAGGCAUUCGCCGAAAUUGCUGUUAAAAUUCGCUCAAGGAUGAAGUCGAAGUGCAAAACUCGCAACAAUUGAAACAAGUAAAAAAAAUCUCAUCUCGCUCGGGUCUUGUCGACUUCAACAGCAUCAGCCUUUGGUUGGAUUGCGGUGUGAUGGUGGUGGAGCAAGUGUGCAGCAAGAAGAAAAAGUAGAAGAAUCCCUGAGCUGUUGUGGAGUGUUUUUUUUUCUUCGCUCGAUUCGAUCAGGGUUUGUGCCAGGAGGGGGAACUUCGGGGCGUUUCUCCUCUGUUGUGUAUUUGAAAAAUUUAGUGAAAGGAAAUUCCUUUUCGAUUUUUUUUAUUUCUGUGUGCUACGAAGAAAUUCGAUAUUUUAAGAGAAAAAAUUGUAUCGUGAAAUUUCCUAUAAAGUGAAUCAGUAGCUUACAUCGAUUUAAUUUUUUGCAAAAAAAAUAGUGUUUCUGUUUGCAAUUAAUGGAGCUGUGCAAUUUUUAACUAAAUUAUAUGCGUUUCGAACGCUGAAAAAAAACUUGGAACGAUCGAUAAGCGAUAGCAGAACGAUUAUUGCUAUCUGUUUUACGGCCGAAAGGCUGUCACUGCUUCGAAGGAACCGACGAAACUAACACAACAGCAAAAAUGGGUUGGGGAACCGAGCUUUGGGAUCAGUACGAGAAUCUAGCAACGCACACACAGAAAGGAAUUGAUUUUUUAGAACGAUAUGGAAGUUUUAUCCGUGAUCGUAGUGCCAUCGAAAUCGAAUAUGCCGGAAAGCUAAGGCGGCUCGUCAAAAACUAUCAACCAAAAAAGAGCAAAGAAGACGAAGAAAAUGAAUUCUCCUCCUUUCAAGCGUUCAAGUGCGUCCUCAAGGAAGUGGCAGACCUGGCCGGACAGCGGGAGGUCGUCGCGGAGAACCUUCAGCUACAGGUACUGCAGGGUAUCUCGCUGCUUGCCAAAAACCUUCGCGAGGAGCGCAAAAAAUCCCUCAACGAGGGUGCCAUGCUCACACACAACCUCAGCAAUCAGAUCGCUUCGCUGGACCGAGCGAAACGAAACUACGAGAAGGCCUACCGGGAGGCGGAAAAAUCUAUCGACAGCUAUCAGAAGGCGGAUGCCGACCUCAACCUGAGCCGGGCCGAGGUGGAGAAACAGCGGAACAACAUGAACAUUCGUUGCGGUCAAUCGGAGGAUUCGAAAAACGAGUAUGCCAAUCAGUUACAGAAAACGAACAAACUUCAGCAGACGCAUUACGAAUCGUCACUGCCGGAGGUUUUCAACCGAUUGCAAGAGCUGGAUGAGAAGAGAACUCGAGGACUGAAGGAAUUCAUCAAAGGUGCAGCGGAUGUAGAAUCAGCAGUAGCUCCCAUCAUUGCGAGGUGUCUUGAGGGUAUGGUGAAAGCAGCCGAUUCCAUCAACGAGAAAGAAGACUCGUUGAAAGUAAUAGAAAAAUACCAGUCCGGAUUCCAACCUCCUGGGGAUCUCCCAUUCGAAGAUCUCGCAAAAGCUGAUUCGGACACCUCCAACAAUUCGCAAAGCUAUCCUCCCACCGCCGGAUUAAACCACCUGACGGCGAAGGGCACCACGACGCAAAAGCUGAAAAAGCGUGUCGGUAUCUUUGGUAUUUUUGCAAGUAACAAGAAGAUUGUUGAGGCCUGCAUUCAAGUGAAGAAUAACCUCUCGACGGACGGUAUGAAGGAAGAUUUCAGUGAUCUGCCACCGACGCAAAGGCGAAAAAAGCUAGCCGGCAAGGUUCACGAGUUGCAGCAAAAAGUUGCCCAGGAGCAGGCCGCCAGUGAAGGUUUGAUGAAGAUGAAGGGUGUGUACGAAGCGAACUCUCUGUUGGGGGAUCCCCGUUCCGUCGAGGAACAGCUGAACGAAUCCGUCAACAAGCUGGACAAACUACGGCUCGAACUGCAGAGGUACCAGAAAAUGCUGGACCAGGCCAACAACCAAACCAUCGUCCAGCACAGCCCCCAAGCGAGCAGAGUGAUACAGAAUGGACAACGAUCGUCCAGUCUACCUAAUUACAGACAUUCCAACGGCAGUAGCAAUCACGACCAUGACGAUCACGGCGAAGACCAUCCGGAUCAUGACGCUGGAAGCUUAAGCAGGUCAGCAUCUGAGAGUAGUGUACAGCAAGCGCAAAAUGGGCUUAAUAUUAACAAUAACGGCAGUUCGGCUAGUCCUGAAAGUGGUCUAGGCACAUCUCACACAUCUCUGCCCGGUUCCGGUCAGGGUAGCACAAACGAUCAGCCAAUUAACGACGAGAUGUACUACGAGGCGGAUGCCCUGCAGCCACUGGGCACGUGUAAAGCCCUUUAUCCAUUCGAUGCCACGAGCGAGGGUAGCAUUCCGAUGUCGGAGGGUGAAGAACUAUUGGUGAUAGAAUUGGACCAGGGUGAUGGAUGGACCCGAGUGAGAAGGUUAUGUGGCUCCAGCGGCUGGGAAGAAGGAUUCGUGCCGACUAGUUACAUCGAAAGUACGCUUUAUGCGUAGUGUUGAUCACAACGCAUUUUCUGGACCAUAUGCAACCAAUCCAUAAACGAUUAAUGACGGUUCAAAAUCAAUCAACUGACGGACGUUGAGUGAGCUAUGGGAAUGGUCGUAGACUGAUGGAACCACAUGUAAAUAUUUGAAUAAAUCUACCAAUGAUAAGAGAAAGUUCAGUAAACAUUGGCUGAUGUUGGAUAGACAAGAAUAGAAAAUUCAAACAUGGUCGAACAGAUAAAAAAAACCUAACGAAAGCAGUUAGACGAUAAGCUUUUAAACAUUAACUUAUUACCAUUCGUUCCAGUGGUGUACGUGCAAGACAAAUUUUGUGUGGCGAAAACCCACUCGAAACGAAGCUGAUAGCCAGGUUCUGAAUGUUGUAUCGGAUUCGAAAUCACCAUGAUUGUUUUCCAUGGGCUUUCACUUGUGUACACGAUUGAAUUCAGGCACGUAAUAUCGUCUGAUUUAUUUUAACUGAGUUAUUAGCAUUUUCAAGAGAAACAAAAUCCGAAAAUACAGAACCGAAACAAUGCUCAAAAACAUCUUUUAUUUCCGUGGAAAAAAUAACAUAAACUACAUUAACAUUAUAAAUUAUUCAAAACAAACGGAAUUGCUAACUGUAAGCAUGGUCGUAAACAAUGCCAUUAAUCGAAAACGAAGAAAAACGAGAAGUAAAACCAUAAGAAAAUCAUUUCAUUCUCUCUUCAAUAUCUUGCAUAUUCUUAGCUUCAUAUCUAAAUUACAUUGUAAUAAAGUUUGCCUCGAAGAGAAAUAUAACAUUGAUUGUUACUGCCCAACAACAACAACAAAAUACUAGUACGGAUGCACUCAAACAAUUGCGAUGUAUACUUUUUACGUUUCCUCUACCAACACCUCUCUAAUACGAACUGACAAAGUAACACUAUAAACUCUUAAAACACCCAAACAAAAUCCUGUUCAAACAUAAGGUUACUAAGUAAAAUCCAAAUAGCCUAUGAUAACUAUAAUCUGACCUGAACUGCAUGAAUAAAAAGCAUAUAUUUAUAAUGAACACUGAGAAGGAAACAAGUUUUACAUAAGAUUAUUGUACGACUGAUGUGGUUUUGGUUCAAAUUUGGUCUGUGAAAUGCUGAACAUAUGAUUUUGUUAAUAUUGUGAAAAAAGUUAGGAAACAGUGAAAGAAGGCACAAACUAUUAUAUGAUCUUAAUAAUGUGCCAUCAAGAUCCCUGUAGCUGAUAGCGCAUUCUUAACCUCAAUUUGUCUACUUUCCAAUUACAAUUUUCCAUCAAACCAACCAACCAGUUUCCUUCUCGGCUGAAACACCAAGUCAAUCUUUUGAUUCAUGUUGAAAUAGAUUCGAUUUAUAUGUUCUACUGACUGUAAAAAAACUAAACCAACGGUAAUCGGUAAUGUAUUAUUCCUUGUCACUUGCGACAUGCUUCCGAUUAAUUCAUUCCUUCAUUUCGUAUUGGUAGUACAUUGUCAAACAUGUUCUGUAUUGUAUUUUUAUCGCAAAUGUUCUCAUCCAGUGGCAGGAAAAUUAUGAAUAAUUAAAAACGUGUUUAGUUACAUUAAUCCCUAACUAUCAAGGGAGCAUUCAAACACCCACAACACAAUCGUAGGUAACAAUUGGUCGAAUAAAACAAAACUCGAUUCGUUUAACAAUCUGAAAAUAGUUUGCCUUUCAUUUGAGAGUAUCCCUGCGAAGCGGGAUUUUUCAUUAUUAAUCAAAUAUUUGUAUUAUUUUUGCUUACAAAUACUCUGUAAAGAGGUCCAUAGAUUAAAUGGGUGUUGUUCAUUCUUCGUUUUGUUUUUUUUGUACAUACUUACCCGUUGGCCAAGAGAAUGAACAAUACAGUAGCUAGGUUCUUUUUUUUUAAACAAUAUAGGAAGGGAUACAAUCACAAAAGUUUACAUGAAAUAACUUUUCUUAGUUUCUUUUAACCAUCAAUAUGUCUUUGCAAGUCAUUCGAAACCGAAAUCAAAUUUUUCCACAGCGGGAUACGUUUUUUUGCUGCGGUUGAUGCAGAGCAAAAGGCGUAGGCAAUAAAUAGCAUAAGGAAAUAUUUUCUUUUUAAGUAGACGAUGUGAAAGGAGAUCACAAACUAAAUAAAUAUUUUUAGUUCUAGUUUCAAAUACAAUGUGAAAGCAUAGACGUUAGUCUUUAUUGAUAAAUGGACAGAGCAAAUGAUGUUGAAAAAUUAUAAUUUAAAAUGGAUCCAUUC